GUGACCUGGACCAGGCUAAGGAUUAUUACCAACGAGCACUGGAAAUUGAAGAGAAACAGCUAGGUCCAAACCAUGUUGAUGCUGCCGUUUCUUAUAACAACCUUGGCCUAGUGUACAGUAAAAAGGGUGACCUGGACCAGACUAAGGAUUAUUACCAACGAGCACUGGAAAUUAAAGAGAAAUAGCUAGGUCCAAACAAUGUUGCUCUUGCAGUUUCUUAUAACAACAUUGGCCUAGUGUAUUAUGAUAAAGGUGACCUGGACCAGGCUAAGGAUUAUUACCAACGAGCACUGGAAAUUAAAGAGAAACAGCUAUGUCCAAACCAUGUUGAUGUUGCAGUUUUUUAUAACAACAUUGGCCUAGUGUACAGUAAAAAGGGUGACCUGGACCAGGCUAAGGAUUAUUGCCAACGAGCACUGGAAAUUGAAGAGAAACAGCUAGGUCCAAACCAUGUUGAUGUCGCCGUUUCUUAUAACAACCUUGGCCUAGUGUAUUAUGAUAAAGGUGACCUGGACCAGGCUAAGGAUUAUUACCAACGAGCACUGGAAAUUGAAGAGAAACAGCUAGGUCCAAACCAUGUUGAUGUUGCCGUUUCUUAUAACAACCUUGGCCUAGUGUAUUAUGAUAAAGGUGACCUGGACCAGGCUAAGGAUUAUACCAACGAGCACUGGAAAUUAAAGAGAAACAGCUAG